AGGGCGGGCGGGCGGGCUGGUUGGCUACAUGUGUUUAUGCUGUAUUUAUAAAUGCGAAAUUUCAACUCCUAAUUUUCUUUAUGGGAUUGUGUGUUUGUAGCUUUGCGUGUUUGUCAAAGUUGUAGAAAAACGGGGAAAUUCUGUUCUCUCAUUUGGUCAGAUAAGUUGACAUUCAAAAGCUGGAAAAUAAUACGAGAAAUAUAGGUCUUACAAAGACCACUAACAAUAUUAUUAUUGAAGGUGCAAAGGCCUCUGUUUCUUUGUCUGUGGUGUUAAAGGUGGAGAAAGAGAUGGCUGAGAAUGGAAGGGUACAUCCAGAUUGUGUUAAUGCUGCCAAUCCUUACCAUGAAUGUGGUGUAGCUUGCCUUGAAAAGAUUUCUCAAGGCCAGGGAAGGAAGGAGAAGAAAAAGUCAGAUUAUCAUAAUGGUGUAAAUGGGAGUUGGCUUAGCAAAAACAUGGAUGGAGAAAGAAGAGCACAGCCAACUUGCCCCAAAGCCUCUAAUCCUUACCAUAAAUGUGAGGAAUUUUGUUCUAAUAGAACUGCUGAGCCUAAACCAGGGGGGGUUAAAAAAGAAACAGGAGGAGCCAAGCCAUGCCCAAAAGCAUCUAAUCCUUACCAUAAAUGUGAAGAAUUUUGUUCUAACAGAACAGCUGAUGCCAAUCCUCGUGGGGUUAAAAAACAAUCAGAAAGAGCACAGCCAUGCCCCAGAGCAUCUAACCCUUCCCAUAAAUGUGACGAAUUUUGUUCUAACAGAACUCUGGAGGCCAAUCCUCAGGGGGUUGAAAAAGAAUCAGGUUCCUUUCUUGAUACUGCUUUAAGCUUUGGUAGAAAAAAGAAGGAAUCUGAAUCUCAGCAGAACUCUCCUCGAGCAGUUAACAAUGCCCCUGCUGUAAAAGGAGCCGUUAACAAUGCCCCUGCUGUAAAAGCAGUUCGCCGUGCUCCACCAUCUCCAUUGAUUCUUCCUACCAAAAAGGAUGAGGAACCAAAGAAUAGUCGAUCUUUUUCCUCAUCUCAACCACAUUCUGAUGAAAGUUACUCCGAAGACCAUGCUCUUGACAAGGUGCCAGUUCAAUCCCCUGGACCAAUGCAUGUGUCUGGGAAAAUCACGCCUGAUCCUCCGAAAAGCCCUUCAAAGAUUAGUUUGGCCUGCUAUAAAAUUCCAACACCAGCUGAACCACAACAGAAUGGAAAGCUCCAUGGUUCGCCAAAGGCUGCCCCAUAUCCUUCUGCUAACCAUGAGGGAAGAGUCACUAAUGGUCCCAUUACCGAGUACUUGAACUUCAGCUUUUCAGGCAUUUCUCGUGCCUCAGAAGGGAGUGACGGGGAAGAGGUUCAAUCUGUUGUUUCUGAUUCCUGUGUGUCAGUAGGAAAAUAUCACGUGAGAGCAAAUGUUGCCUCUAUUCUACAGUUAAUCUUUGAAAAGUAUGGAGAUAUAGCCACAGGCAGUCGAUUGGAAUCAGCUUCCAUGCGAGCUUAUUAUCUAGAGUGCCUGUGCUUUGUGGUUCAGGAGUUGCAGUGCACUCCUUUCAAGCAGUUGACAAAAUCCAAAGUUAGAGAAAUGUUGGCUGUUCUGAAGGACGUUGAAUCCGCACAAAUUGAUGUUAGUUGGCUACGUGAUAUACUAAAUGAUCUGGCUGAAGGCAUGGAGCUCAGUAAUCAGCAUCAAGCUGCGGAGGAAUCAAAAUCCAACUGCGAUGAUCUUAUAGAGUCAAAAAAGAAAGAACUAGAAUCCAUGAUGGAGGAUCUAGCUCUCAAAGAGAAAGCAGUUGCUGAUGCCAAGGCACAAAUCACUGAAACAAGAACUCACCUGAGUAAUCUAGAACUCGAAUCUUCCAAGUUAGGUGAGACUAUUUCAUCCAUCCAAUCGAGGGUCAAAAAGUUUCAUGAAAAACCCUUGGCAGAUGAGAUCCUGUAAUGCAACUACCAGGCAAAACUACCACCACCACCUAAUACUUAAUGUGUUUUACAGUGUUCGAUAUUUACAUAAUCUAAUUGUAUGAUACAAAUUACAAAAACAUGUAGGUGAUACUAGAGAUUUACUAUGGUAUGUUCUAAGGUUUUAUGUUUAUAGUGUAAGUUCUAUGAUAUGGAAGAUGUGAUUGGUUUGAGUGA